AUGACGGAGCUUUCGCCGCCCUCGAAGAAGGACAUCCCAAAGCACUUGCGCCAUGCCAUCUCCAGCAAGAUGGUCAGGACCCACUCGAUACGCAAACCCCAGGUGUACCUCGUCAAGCGGUUCACGGGGGAGCCGCUGCGCGAGUGGGUGCAGCGGAACCUCGAAAACUCCCUGGCUGGCAACAUCUUCAAUGUCACCAUGGCCGUUCUGAGUACGUUCCAAGCACUCUUCCACGUGAGUCUCAACUGGUCUGGCUUGCGGAUCGGCCUCGAUCCCUGGAUGCAAGAGGUGGAUUUCAGCAUCAAUUUGGCAUUCACACUCGAAUAUGUUCUGCACGUGUACGCGUCGUUCGACCGACUCGAGUACAUCGUCGGGUUCUUCCCAAUGGUGGAGUUCGCAGUCGUGCUUCCGUCGUGGUUCGACCUCCUGGCAGCGUACGUCCCCAGCCUCACCUCGACGAGUACGCUUUUCCAGCUCUCGCGCAUGUUGCGGCCGCUUCGCUUCAUUCGUAUCUUCCGCCUCGUGCAGUUCGCUACCUCGUCUCUUCAGCAGCAGGCGUGGGUGGCGAUGCUGACCAUCGUAUCGAUUGUCUUUGCUACAGCGGGAGUCGUUCAGGCGACCGAGGCUUGCCUGGUCACGUGUGAUGACGAGCCUCGAGUGUGCAAGUGCCGCGAUCUGUCGUUCCCGAACCUGCUCUACUUUGUGGUGGUCAGCAUCUCGACGCUCGGCUACGGCGACAUCUCGCCCGUGUCGACCAGCGGCAAGUUCGUGAUCGCCUUCGUCAUCCUCUUCACGUUCAUCGUCGUGCCGAUCCAAGUGAACCGCAUCCAGGCGACGAUCACCUCGCACACAGACUAUUCCUCUGCCUACUCAGAGGCAACGCUGCACCCUCAUGUGAUCCUGACAGGGUACAUGAAUGCCGACACGCUCUCCGUCUUCUUCGGGGAGUUCUUCCACCCCAGCAACCUCAACUGGAACGAAAGAGUGGUCAUCCUGAACGCGUCGCAGCCCUCGCCCGAGAUCAACAAAGUGCUGAAUGCUUACGACAAAAAAGUGCAGUAUAUUGUUGGAUCCCCCUUGCUGGACGAGGACUUGACACGAGCAGUGCUGAGUGACGCCAGUGCCUGCUACGUGCUCGUGAACCGACAGUCGUCACGCCCACAGUACGCAGACCAAUGCUGUGCUCUCAUCACGAUCGCAUUGCGUCGAGGGAACCCGACGUGCCGGAUAUACACACAAGUGAUCAACUCAAGGAACGCCGCGACGCUGCUGAAGAUGGGGGCGAGUGACGUCGUGGUCAUUGACAUGCUGAAGUUUUCCAUCCUAGCCCGAAGCAGUCAGGUGUGGGGUCUCCCCACGCUCUUACACAACCUUCUGGCCCAGUGCAACAGCGACCUGGACAGCCAUCAUUCGUCUCUGCAGUGGCAGCGGCAGUACCUGCACGGCUACAUGCACGGCAUCUUCCUCGUCGACAUUCCGCGCACAUUUUCGGGCCUUACAUUCGGCGACCUCAUCCGUUUUCUCUACGACAAGUCGUCAGUUAUCCCUCUGGCCAUGUUGACGGACGACGGGGUGCGCUUCAUGGACAUGGAGUUCAAACUCGGCGCCACCGCUGACCCAAACCUGUGCUGCAAGGUGUACGCCAUUGCCAAGGGGUUGACUGCAGUCGAAGGCGUCACAAAGAUCCCGCCGGAGCAGAUUCUAUCGUACCGCAAAGGUGCACGCCGCACAGGCAAGUCAAUGUCCAGCAGCAGGCUGGACGAGAUGAAGAAGAUCAAACCAGCGCUUGGCAACGAGAUCGAGCAGAUCCGCGAGCGGAUCAUCAACAUCUUCACCGUCGCGGAAGAUUACGACGUCGAAGCUGCUCUCGGUCUAGCCGAAAAGCGCGACCUUGCUGACUACGAGCUUCUUCCAGGUGAAAUGUCGGAAUACGAGCGGUUUGUGGCUCUAGGCGUACCCGAAGACGUGACGGAUCAUAUCGUGGUGUGCGGGUUCCCUUCAGACACGUAUCACUUCAUCAAGACCAUCCGUGAAGCACCUAUGCCCGACGACUACACGCCGUCUCCAGCUAUUAUCUUCUUGGCGCCGAAUUGUAUCGAUGAGCGGGAGUACGAACGUCUCCGUGGGUUCAUCGACGUGUACUUUGUCCAAGGAUCGCCUGUGAACUUCGGAGACCUCAAGAAAACUAAUAUUCGCUGGGCGAUCUCCGUGCUCAUCCUCACGCAGGCAUCUGAAGCUCAAUACUCUGACCCGAACAUGGUGGACGCCGACGCUAUCACCAUCGUGCGGUACAUCGUGGAGAUCAGCCAUCGCACGCGGAUGCCGAAUCUCGUUGUGGAGCUGGACAAAUCGUCAAAUGUCAAGCUGCUUAGCUCGAUGGCCAAUGAACGGCGCACCAGCUCCGCCUUUGGGCUGCCGGCGCUGGUGCAUCGCAACGUCUCGCACCGCUCCCCUCGGCAUCACAGCGUCAUCUCAAGGCGUGACUCAUUCUGGAACUCACUGGAAGAUGGCGAUGGCAACGUGGACGCAACGUUGGUACUGGAGGAGUUUAUCGCCUCUGGUCGCGUGUUCAUGAACUCGAUGCUCGACUCGCUCAUGAGCGAAUGCUACCGGAAGCCGUGGAUCACGCAGUUCCUUCAUAUUCUCAUCAAUGGCAGCGUCAACGAUCUGGAGGAGCGGCGGCUGUUUCAGGUGGAGGCCCCCGAGGAGCUGAUUGCGCUCAAAUACGGCGAAUGCUUUCGCAAAUUCCUCGACAUGUCGAACUGCACUUGUAUUGGACUGUGGCGACCCGAACGUGGCGUGGUGCUGCCUCAUCCUUGCGUCUUCAUCAACCCGCCAACGGAUCUCCAGAUUGAACCUGGCGACCUCUUCUACGUAGUAGGCAAACCGUUUACUUUCGCCUCGACUCCAAACAUCUUUGCACACUGA